UCAGCCUCCGUCAUCGGCAGGCGCCGCCGCGGAGGCCAUGGCGGAGGCGGGCGAGCAGGGCCGGGAAGAGCCCGCGGCCCCCACCCGCGAGGAGCCCGCGCCCGCCGCCUCGUCCCCGUCCGGGGAUGGGGCGGAGGCCGCGGAGGACGCGGCGGUGGCGGCGGAGGGCGACGGGGGAGAGGCCGGAGGGGCCGGGGAGCCCAAGGCGGAGGCGCUGGACGGGGAGGUGAGGAGCGCGGAGGGGGAGGCCGUGGACGGGGAGGACCCGAGCCUGCAGCCCUCGGCGGCCAAGAAGGUGAAGCUGGAGCUGAAGGAGAGGAAGGAGAAGAAGCACAAAGUGGACGAGGACGAGAUCCAGAAGAUGCAAAUACUGGUCUCCUCCUUUUCCGAAGAACAGCUGAAUCGCUACGAGAUGUAUCGCCGCUCUGCUUUCCCCAAAGCUGCUAUUAAACGGCUGAUCCAGUCCAUCACUGGCACCUCAGUCUCUCAGAAUGUGGUUAUCGCCAUGUCGGGCAUUUCCAAGGUCUUCGUUGGAGAGGUGGUGGAAGAAGCUCUGGAUGUGUGUGAAAAGUGGGGGGAGCUGCCACCUCUGCAGCCUAAACACAUGCGAGAGGCUGUCAGGAGGCUCAAGUCACGAGGACAGAUCCCAAAUUCCAAGUACAAAAAGAUCAUCUUCCACUGAAGUGUCCCAAGAGCAGCAAGAGAAGACAGACAUUAAAGGAAGCUUCCAGCCGUGCUCCUCAGGGCAGUUGCAGCAGAGCCACGAGACAGAAGCGCUCCCAGCCUCUCUUGCUGCCUGCAGUCUUCUCCAAGAGCCUGCACCAAACCACUCUCAGUUCAGCUUGGUUUUAAGUAACUUCAGCGUCAAGGUUUAUGGGGCUCGUUUGCAGUUUACAAAACAGACAUUAUUGCUCUCAACGUGGCUCAUGGGGUAAAAGAAGUGCUGCAGCCAAAGUUCAGCAGGUGCAGUUACCCCGUCAGCCUUAUCCUGGUGGGAGAGGCUCCCCUUCCAGGAGCCUACAAGCAGCACGUUGUGCACAGGCUCUUAGCACCGUGCAGAAACAAGCAGAAGCCAAAUCCCCGACCGGGUGCCUCAGGGGCUUCUGCUCCAGCAGACUGGGGAAAUGAACAUUCCGCUUUUUCGGCGUACUUACCCACCAGGAUCAUACCUUCUGCUGGCACAGACGUGGCGGUAUCUCUGUACAGAAAUGUGUUUUUUUUGUACAUUAAACUUGUUGUUAUAUUCUUAGUCUUGCUGGGACAGCAAA